UUAACCCAGUUCUGUAUCCCCCAGGCUGAUGGAAAGGGAGUGGACGGUGGCCUGCUGCCUGACGCCAACGGGAAGGAACCCAACCCGGGAGGACAGAGGGAGGACAGAGAGAAAUGGCAGAAGCCCCGGAUCACUCGUAAAUCUCUGAUGAAGUGCUGCCUCGUCAAAUGGAUCAUCGACAGCACAACAAACACUCAGGGGCCAGGUAGGUCAGGGACAGAGCUGAACUAACAUGAGGCUCAGUCAUCCCAGCCACAGUGUUGUAUGUGUUCUUCCCUGUGUGGGGUAGCUGGGGUGGAGUGAAGAUGAAGGCAGAGGAGAGGGGGAAGGGAUGCAGGUAAGAUUAAUUUUAAUGCAUCUACCCCAUCUUAUAGGACUAUAUUUAAAACUAUCAUCUCUCUUGCUGUCUCUCAGUGGACUUCUACUGCCCUAGCAUGUCUUCUCUUUGUGUCACUUCAGUAUACCAGCCAAUCGCUCUAUCAAUAAAUCACCAGUCAUCUCUCACUGGAGGGAAGCUACCUCCAGAAAGAGACUAUGGCCAGUCAUUUAGUCAAAAUGGUCUUGAUCAAUGAUCAAUUACUUUUGUUUCAAAGCCUUUGUGGAUUAUUUUGCUUUAAAUCCUUUGCUAUACAUCCAAGGCUAUACAAAAUAUUGUUAAAUAAAUAAGGGUGUUUUUUCUAUCCAGCACCUGAACUAGUUUGAUAUUUUAAAUUUUUUAUGGGUGGAAGUAUGAGCUGAAUAUGGAGGGAAUAGCAGAGUGUCUGUUACUGCUUAUACCCCCGGUUUGCCCUAGUUUUCUCUGCCUUUCUAAAUUAUUGACGUUGCCCUUCUGAACAUGCAGACUGGAGCUAACAUGUUCAUGUGCACCCACCAGAGCGAAGACCCUGCCCUGCUACAACUCUAAGCCUUUUCCAGUAAGGAACCCCAACUACAAUCAUGUCUAAGGAUUGCCCUCUGCUGGAUAGUAUUAAUCAUUACAUGACACAAUAGAAGUACUCUCUAUGUACACCAGAUGGUAGUCUCACACUUUGGUAGUCUUAGAACUUUUCAGAACACUUCUUAGAACAUUUCAGAGGGAGGGAGGGAGGGAGGGAAGGAGAGAGGGAGAGAGGGAGAGAGGGAGAGAGAGAGAGAGAGAGAGAGAGAGGGAGAGAGGGAGAGAGGGAGGGAGGAGGAGAGAGCAGAGAAGAGGAGAGACGAGAAGAGAGAGAGAGAAGACUGUAUAUCUACACAAUAUUGGACAUUUGAAAUCUCUUUAGUCUUUUGAAACUUCUGAGUGUAAUGUUUACUGUUAAUAUUUCUUGUUUAUUUCACUUUUGUUUACUAUCUACCUCACUUGCUUUGGCAAUGUUAACAUACGUUUCCCAUGCCAAUAAAGCCCUUAAAUUGAAAAUUGAAAUUAAAUUGAAUUGAAUUGAAUUGAGAGACAGAGAGACAGAGAAGAGAGAGAGGAGAGAGAGAGAGAGAGAGAGAGAGAGAGAGAGAGAGAGAGAGAGAGAGAGAGAGAGAGACUGUAUAUAUACACAAUAUGACAUUUGAAAUCUCUUUAUUCUUUUGAAACUUCUGAGUGUAAUGUUUACUGUUAAUAUUUAUUGUUUAUUUCACUUUUGUUUACUAUCUACCUCACUUGCUUUGGCAAUGUUAACAUACAUUUCCCAUGCCAAUAAAGCCCUUAAAUUGAAAAUUGAAAUUGAAUUGAAUUGAGAGACAGAGAGACAAGAAGACAGAGAGUGAGCAGAGAGAGCUAGAGAGAGAUAGAGAGAGAGAGAUAGAGAUCGCUCUCGUCUCUCUCAUCUCUCUCUGCUCUCUCUCUCUGCUCUCUCUCUCUCUCUCUUUCUUUCGUUCUUUGGUUUUACUGUAAGCAGAUGGUUGUGUUGUUGUGAGUUGCUGUUGUUUGAUUGAUAGGCUGGGACUAUGGGCCUUAAUGCUGCUCUCAUUACUGUUGUUAUUCAUGUUUGAUCUGUAGAGUGCAGAUAUGCUGAUAUGGCAGCAUUAAGCCUUUUCCUUGUUUAAUAUAAGAUGUAAGACAGAUCAGCACUUAAGGAGCAUUAACAUUUUGCUGCUGUCUUUGUUUUUAAUGGUCUAUUACAUGAGCUAACCUUAUACUGUAUUCAUGAAUACAAGGCUCUGCCUGACACUGUUGUGGCAGCUCACACGGUUAUAGAUACAUCGGUGGAUUAAAUAUGUUCUGUGAUCAUUCUGAUGGUAGUGGUUUGGUCCCCUGUGCUUGCUCUUUGUGGAAAUGGAGUUGAAAGUGGGGAUACUGUUAUCUUAAAAUAAAAAUGUUUCACUUUUAUGUGUUUGCAGAGUAGUACUCUGAAAUUAUGAACAGGGGCUCAUUUGUGGGACUGUGUUCCCAGUGCAGUAGUGCAGUGGUGCAGUGGUGCUUAAGUGGUUUCCCUAUAGUGUCCACAAGGUGCAGCACCUUUAUGUGCAGCAUCUCUGGGCACUUAGAAGAGAGAGUCAAAUGGCUAACUCCAUCUAAAUCUCUCUCUGGUAAAAUGCAUUUCUGGCCUGUUCCCAUUCCAGUCCUAAAACCAGUAUUUAUUUAUCCUCCCCUGCCCCCUCUCUCAGCUCCUGCUUAAACUCACUCCAAUAAGAUGUGCACACUCAUCAGUAUUUUACGCCCUCACACUCAUGCACACCACAACUGAUAUCAUGAAAGUGUUGGUGGAUUGUUAAUGAAUGUUGUUAAAACUUUACAGAGACUUUGUAAUGAGUUUUAGGAUAGGAAAAAGCAUUAGGGCACUCUGUCUACCUCCACUACUCCUCCUGUUUAAAGUCCCUUAAUAAACUCAAUUUGAAUAUCAGUUUUUGAAAUCAGUUUGUUGAAUUAAAACCACAAUGUGAGGUUUCUUUGUGAAUCCAGUGUUAUGUUGGCUAUGAGUAUGGCUGUCUGAGGUAUCUGUGUGAAUGGGGAGAUAGACACAGGCAGCGCCACACAGGGCAGGGCAGACUCCUUCACUCUAAGUGCUGCUGGUCAUAUUCCAGCCAUCAGUGGAUGUGGAUCAAUGCCUGGUUCACAGCUUUACAUCAUCCUUGAAAAGCCUGUGGAAACAAGGAAACGCUCAGACCGUCAAUUAGAAACUAUUAGUAAAAAAAAACAUCAUCCCUCCAGUCUUGCUGCCCUCCUCCCCCCUCUCUCUCUCUCAUCUUCCUCACUCACUCCAACUGGAGACUGCACUAGAGGGAGAAUUCCUGUCUUGAUGGACCUGUAGGACAGACUUAACCAAAAAGGGAGACACUGGGGGUUCAGUCCUUAACUGGGGCAGAAUGUGUACUACAGAAGAUACUUUACAGAGGAUGGAGAGAUUUGGGAGAUGAGGAAUCAAGUAGUAUACAUUUGUUUUCAACUCAGUACCAUGCACUGGACUUGGAUUUAGAGGGACUUUUUGAAGACAAGAAGAUAUUACCAACAAACUCAUCUUUUUACUUUUGCUGGAUAUCAAGGGGUUAAAUGAAGGGCAUCUGAAACAGAGUAACUGUUACUGGAUCUCUACUUGAAUGUAUCUGAAACAGAGUAACUGUUACUGGAUCUCUACUUUAAUGUAUCUUUACCGUGUUUCAUCACAUCGUCACCUGCAGAUUUCACCUGCUUUAACAGUGUGUGGGUGUGAGGAUGACAGGAGUAAAGUAAAGGUGUGACCAAUCGAUUUCAGUGUUUGCAGCUAUUUUUCAGACAUCUUGUUCAAUUGUUUGCUUUGAUGUUUUCUUAGACACACACAUACAGCAGCAAACAUUUGUUAAGUUAUGGAAAACGCAUCCUAUAUGUUCAGCGCUGGCCAAUAGCAAGCAUAUAAAGGUUCUUACUCAAACAAGUCAGCCAUGGUGCUGGAAGGCAUGGAACUGAUUGCAAUUACUGUAGUCAUUGGCCUGUUUUUUGUAGUGUUCAAGCAGUUUGGUGUCUGGGAGCCCUUGUCAUUAGAUGGUAAGUAACAAGGAGGGACUCUUUAGUCCCUUUUCUUUUCAAGGCCAUCAUAUUCCUCACAGAUAGACAGAAGCUUCUUGUACUGUGUUGUUUGAUAGUUGAAGAUAUAAAUGGAUUUCAGUGUUGUCACUUUAUGAGAGACAGCUGGCUUCCACUGCAACUCAAGACAAACUGUCUCAACACAACAAAGGUCUCAUGUCUUAUUACUGGUUUAUAGAGAUAGAAACAACUUCAACCAAAAUACUGUAACUGUCUGGCUUAAUCUGAUUGUAUGUAUUCCCCCCCUUCUCACCUCCUCACCUCCUCACUUCUCUAUACUUCAAUCUCUCCCUAUUCCUCCCGCUGUUUGUUUGUAUUUCAUAGAUGGUGAGGACACACAGUAGUAACUCCCAGCAUUCAUUUAUUUUUGUCUCGACUAUGUGUGUUUAAAGCCGUGCCCCACUUUCUCAUUUUACCAUUUUUUUUCUCUCUGAGCAUUCCUUUCUUGCCUUUCACUCAUCAUCCUCUCCCACUUUAUUAUUCCCCUGUCCACCUUCUUUUUGCCUUGAAAUAUUGUACACCAUUUCAUCAAAUCAAACUCCUCUCCCUCCCAAUUUUUUCUGAUUGUCCCCUGUCUUCCUCUCCCGAAUUCGACCUUUCUCAUUCUUGCCUCUCACCUGAUCCACAAUCUCCCAUCCCUUUCACCUCUCCCCUUCUCCCUUUCACCUUCAUUUCCCUGGGUUCUCCUCCUCUCUGUCUUUCCCUCUCCUCUCUCAAACAGAGAGUAGCGACUGUGAAUUGGAGCUUUCUACUGUUCGUCACCAGCCUGAAGGCUUGGAACAGCUCCAGGUCCAGACCCAGUUCACCAGGAAGGAGCUGCAGUCACUAUACAGAGGCUUCAAAAACGUGCGACUAGGACUUGUCUGGGCGUAGAGCACCGAGUGGGAGUGGGGUAGAGGUUAAAUAAACACUGUUAGGGACUUCAAGGACUGUAAAGAUAUCAUCUCACAAUAUGUUUUAUAUACUUGCAUAGCUACAUACAUUUAUUUACAAAUAUUAACACUCACUCACUACAAGCCAUUACACAUAUAUUAACCAUUUACAAACCGUUAGACAUAUCUAUUUUCACAGAUAUUUAACUACAUUUAUAAAUACCUACAGUGCAUACAAGUUAAGCACUUAGUACUUGUUAAAGAUAUUUUAAUUUCCCUCUGAACAGGAGUGUCCUAGCGGGCUGGUGGAUGAGGAGACUUUCAAAAACAUCUACUCACAGUUCUUCCCCCAGGGAGGUAGGAGUCUGCCCUCAAGUGAUGUAAGGGAGGCACAAGGGAAUAUUACUGCAGAUGGGUGGGAGACUCCCUUUCAACUGCUGCUACGUUGUCAGCUAUUUCAAUGGGCUGUUAUUUAAUAGAGAGCAUUGUCAUACUGUUUUGGAAUCGAAAUUUGAUCAGAAGAUGCAAGAUUCUGACAACUCAGAACCUCACCUAUUGAUUUAUAGAUGCUACAGUUGAAGUCGGAAGUUUACAUACACCUUAGACAAAUACAUUCAAACUUAGUUAUUCACAAUUCCUGACAUUUAAUCCUAGUAAAAAUUCCCUGUCUUAGUUCAGUUAGGAUCAUCACUUUAUUUUAAGAAUGUGAAAUGUCAGGAUAAUAGUAGAGAGAAUUAUUUAUUUCAGCUUUUAUUUAUUUCAUCACAUUCCCAGUGGGUAAGAAGUUUACAUACACUCAAUUAGUAUUUGGUAGCAUUGCCUUUAAAUUGUUUAACUUGGGUCAAACGUUUCGGGUUGCCUUCCACAAGCGUCCCACAAUAAGUUGGGUGAAUUUUGGCCCAUUCCUCCUGACAGAGCUGGUGUAACUGAGUCAGGUUUGAAGGCCUCCUCGCUCGCACACGCUUUUUCAGUUCUGCCCACACAUUUUCUAUAGGAUUGAGGUCAGGGCUUUGUGAUGGCCACUCCAAUACCUUGACUUUGUUGUCCUUAAGCCAUUUUGCCACAACUUUGGAAGUAUGCUUGGGGUCAUUGUCCAUUUGGAAGACCCAUUUGCGACCAAGCUUUAACUUCCUGACUGAUGUCUUGAGAUGUUGCUUCAAUAUAUCCACAUAAUUUUCCUUCCUCAUGAUGCCAUCUAUUUUGUGAAGUGCACCAGACCCUCCUGCAGCAAAGCACCCCCAUAGCAUGAUUCUCCCACCCCCGUGCUUCACGGUUGGGUUGGUGUUCUUCGGCUUGCAAGUGCCCCCUUUUUCCUCCAAACAUAACAAUGGUCAUUAUGGCCAAACAGUUCUAUUUUUGUUUCAUCAGACCAGAGGACAUUUCUCCAAAAGGUACGAUCUUUGUCCCCAUGUGCAGUUGCAAACCGUGGUCUGGCUUUUUUAUGGCGGUUUUGGAGCAGUGGCUUCUUCCUUGCUGAGCAGCCUUUCAGGUUAUGUCGAUAUAGGACUCGUUUUACUGUGGAUAUAGAUACUUUUGUACCUGUUUCCUCCAGCAUCUUUACAAGGUCCUUUGCUGUUGUUCUGGGAUUGAUUUGAAGUACGUUCAUCUCUAGGAGACAGAACGCGUCUCCUUCCUGAGCGGUAUGAUGGCUGCGUGGUCCCAUGGUGUUUAUACUUGCGUACUAUUGUUUGUACAGAUGAAUGUGGUACCUUCAGGCGUUUGGAAAUUGCUCCCAUGGAUGAACCAGACUUGUGGAGGUCUACAAUUUUUUUGCUGAGGUCUUGUCUGAUUUGUUUUGACUUUCCCAUGAUGUCAAGCAAAGAGGCACUGAGUUUGAAGGUAGGCCUUGAAAUACAUCCACAGGUACACCUCCAAUUGACUCAAAUUAUGUCAAUUAGCCUAUCAGAAGCUUCUAAAGCCAUGACAUCUGACCCACUGGAAUUGCGAUACAGUGAAUUAUAAGUGAAAUACUCUGUCUGUAAACAAUUGUUGGAAAAAUUACUUGUGUCAUGCACAACGUAGAUGUCCUAACCGACAAACUACAGUUUGUUAACAAGAAAGUUGUGGAGUGGUUGAAAAACAAGUUUUAAUGACUCCAACCUAAGUGUAUGUAAACUUCCGACUUCAACUGUAUACUGACUGACCCAUUUCACCCAGAGCGACUGUCAAAGUGGAUGAAAGUGGAAAGAGAAUAAAUAACCAACUGUCACCCACUGUACACCAUCCUAAUGUUAACUACAUUAUUGGUAUCACUUCUCAGAUGCCACCACUUAUGCACAUUUCCUGUUCAACGCAUUUGACAUGGACAGAAACGGUUCUAUCCGAUUUGAGGUAAGCAAAGCUCCGUUUAAGUUAGGUCAGUUCUCCUCUCGCGUAAAACCUUCCAGAACAAUCAACCUUAGCCAUCCCAAUAACCUGCUCAAUCUAAAAAACAAACUGCCUUCAGUAGAUGAAAUCUGUUACUUCGACAGUCAGCAAGGUUUUCUAUGUUUUUUUUGCAGGACUUUGUGAUUGGACUAUCUGUACUGCUCAGAGGUUCAGAAACAGAGAAACUCCGGUGGGCCUUCAAUCUGUAUGAUAUCAACAAGGAUGGCUACAUCACCAAGGAGGUACAGUGUAAGGUCGUGCAUUCAAAGUUUCUUGUUUGUUGCAUAGAGAUGCUCUUCUAAGACAUAGUGCUGACUAAGACGCGCGCGUGUGUGUGUGUGAACCUUUGUACAGGAGAUGUUGGCCAUAAUGACGUCCAUCUAUGACAUGAUGGGCAGGUAUACCUCUCCCAGUUUACGAGAUGAUGACCCAACUGAGCAUGUGGACAAGUUCUUUCAGGUACAUAAACCCCCAGCGUAUGACCCCCUCCCAUCCCACCCCCAUGUCUGACAUUUCACGUUGUUUAACCUCUUAAGGAUCUUUGACAUACCCAAAUCUAACUGCCUGUAGCUCAGGACCUGAAGCAAGGAUAUGCAUAUUCUUGAUACCAUUUGAAAGGAAACACUUAGACGUUUGUGGAAAUGUGAAAUUAAUGUAGGAGACUAUAACACAUUAGAUCUGGUAAAAGAUAAUACAAACAAAAAAACAUACUUUUUUUUUUUUUCAUCAUCUUUGAAAUGCAAGAGAAAGGCCGCAAUAUAAUCUUUCAGUUUAUGCGCAAUUUAGAUUUUGGCCAAUAGAUGGCAGCAGUGUGUGCAACGUUUUAGCGUGAUCCAGUGAAGCAUUGCAAUAUAGGACUAUUUUGUAUCAAGUCUGCCCAAAUGUGCCGAAUUGGUCAAUUGAUACAUUUUCAAGUACAUAACUAUAAAGAACAUACAAAAAUGAUAUGGUAAUACAAAAUAUACGUUUACACACUCCCAGGAAUGUCAUACAUGAUGGAUCAUUAGCUUAUACACUAACUUUCACACAUCUAGAUGGCUGGGCGGGGUGGGUGUGGAGCCAGAGACAGCAGGGGUUCAAACUGUAGAACCCAGUUCCUACAUUUGAAUAUAAAAAUGUAUUUUAUCAAACAAAACUAUGCUACAUUUUACCUCUGGGACCCUUAGGAUGACAAAUCAGAGCAAGAUUACUGAAUGUAAGUACAUUAUUUACCUUCAGAGGUGAAUGUAUCAAACCAGUUGCCGUGAUAAAAAAUUUUUUUGUUGUUGUGUACUCUCCUCAAACAAUAGCAUGGUAUUUUUCCACUGUAAUAGCUACUGUAAAUUGGACAGUGCAGUUAGAUUAACAAGAAUUUUGGCUUUCUGCCCAUAUAAGACAUGUCUAUGUCCUGGAAAGGUUGCUGUUACUUACAACAGUCAUGCUAAUCACAUUAGCGCACGUUACCUCAACCGUCCCGUAUACGGGACACCGAUCCCGUAGAGGUUAACACCUUCUGUCCUUUUGUUUGUAUUGUUUCUGUCCUAAGGCUUUAUUGUUUGGCUAUUGUUUAAUGAGAACGCUCGUCUGUUUGAGUUUUCCCAACCUUAAAGCUUCAAAUGUUGUUACUGUGGAGGUUAGUAGUUCUGUAUGUAAUCGUAUAAGAUCUUUAAUGGCUACUUUUUUCAGAAAAUGGAUCGGAACAGAGACGGGGUGGUGACCAUUGAUGAGUUCAUAGAAACGUGUCAGAAGGUAAACACAUUCUCCACAAUCUUUACUGAUGAAAAGAUGUACUGUACAUCUUGUUAGAAUGCCCAGACAAGCCACAUGCUAUUACAUGGCUUUAACUUGCCUGGCUAACAUUCCAGGUUUUCCUGUAGCUGGUAGACAGCAGAUUAACUGACAGGUUUGUUUUACAGAACCUGUACAUGUCAGAGCAACACAAAGCAUAUGAAGAGCUAUAAGUAGUGUUCAAUUGGCAUUGUGUCCUAAAACAACUGAUUCCUCAACUCUUAAUUUCUCUCACCAGGAUGAAAAUAUCAUGGCCUCCAUGCAGCUCUUUGAGAACGUCAUCUAGGUCUAGGAAUGGAUGGAGAACAUGGAUAGAAGUACAAGUCCUGAUGACCUUUUAUUGCUUCCAAUACCAGACCCUACAAGCCCCUUUGCACUUUAACCCCUCACCUUUUGAUAAUAGACAAAUAUUUACACACAUCAAAAUGAGGACAGUAAACAUUUGUCAGGGGGCAUAGGGAAAUGUGACUCUUUAAACGUUUGAUUCCACUACGUAUGGGAAAAUAAUCCCUACAAUGGUCCUACUGACAGUUCUACUUUCCUUACCAUGGACACACAGGGAAUGGCAACAUACAAAUGUCAAUGUUAGUACGCUGUACAGUAGUAUGCCUACUGCCCAUGCCUGAACAGAUUAUGAUCCUUUGCAUGUUUGCCUGAGACUAGUGUAAGUUAAUGUUAACACAGUGGAAUGCAAAUAUGAAUAUUGUUAUUGAGUAGCCUGAAACCAUUCUAAUAUUGUAUUUGUG